CUCUGCAGCGUCGCUGAGCUGGUGCAAUGCAAGACACUCGCUCAUCCUCACCGAUGGUCUGCAGAACAAGGGGGACUUUAAAAAAAAAUUAACAUCUGAAACAAAAAAAACAUCCUACAUUAACAAAAAAAAAUCUCGAAAAAAAAAACAAAACUACUAAAAAUCCAUCAUGAGCUACGAUCCUUAUAUCUCCUACCGCCACACUUGGGACAGCUACCGAGGCUCUUCUCGACCUUCCACCACCAAAUCCUUAAUGUACUCCUCUCUCUACUCCUCCUCUUCCUCCCGAGCCCUGGGCCUGGCAGCUGGGAAGCAGCGGACCCUGCGUCCACCGGCCUCUUCCUCACUGCCGGAUGCGUCUGCACGAAUGGACCUGGGCCAGGCCUCCAGCCUCAACACAGAGCUGCUGGGGCUCCGCAGCCAGGAAAAGGAGCAGCUGGUGGGCCUCAACGACCGCUUCGCCACCUACAUCGACAAGGUGAGGCGCCUGGAGCAGCAGAACCGGGCCCUUCUGGCAGAGCUGGAGGCUCUCAGGAGGAGGCAGAGGGACCCGUCCCGUCUUCAGGGGCUCUACGAGGGUGAAGCCCGGAGCCUCAGGGCUGCAAUCGACCAGAAGACAGGAGAUAAGAUGCGCAUGGAGGCAGAGAGGGACUACCUGAGGGACGUGUACGGGCAGCUGAAGGAGCGCUAUGAGGAGGAGGCGCAGUGCCGUGCGGAUGCGGAGGAGGCCCUGCAGAGGGCCCGGGAAGAAGUGGGGCGGGCCAUGCUGUCUAACUGCGAUGCGGAGGCCAGCGUUGUCUCCCUGGCCGAGGAGAUGGGCUUCCUGAAGAAGGUGUUUGUGGAGGAGCAGGCGGAGCUGCAGGCCCAAGUAGUGGCGGCUAACGUGUUUGUUGACAUGGAGGUGAGCAGGCCAGACCUGUCUGCGGCACUCAAGGAGAUCCGGGCGCAAUACGAGCGACUGGCCAAUAAGAACAUGCAGGCGGCCGAGGACUGGUACCGGGGGAAGUUUGAGUCAGUGGCGGAGAUGGCAUCGAAGAACAACGAGGCGGUGCGCUCCAUCCGGGAGGAGACCAUGGAAUACCGCCGGCUGCUCCAAUCACGCUCCUCUGAGAUCGAGGCCCUGCGGAACGUCAUCGAGUCGCUGAACAAACAGCUGGAAGAGCUGGAGGAGCACCAAGGGAAAGAGGUCACGAAGUACCAGGUGAGGAUAAACGAUCUGGAGUGCGACAUCAACGAGGCUAAGCAGGAGAUGGCUCGCUACCUCAGAGAGUACCAGGACCUUCUCAAUGUUAAAAUGGCUCUGGACAUUGAGAUAGCUGCAUACAGGAAACUCCUGGAGGGAGAAGAGUUCAGGCUGACCUUCUCUGCCCUGAACUAAAACCGUUUCACACUGAACCCCAAUAACCCUCAACCCCAAUACCCUAACCCUAAACCAUACUCUUUAGUCUUAUAGCCCUACCAUUGGUCCUCCUUCCACCCUUACCUAAACCCCAUACCUUCCUCCCCUACUACCCCACCCUUACCUAAACCCCAGACCGUCCUCCCAUACUACCCCACCCUUACCUAAACCCCAGACGUCCUCCCCUACUACCCCACCCUUACCUAAACCCCCUACUACCCCACCCUUACCUAAACCCCAGACCUUCCUCCCCUACUACCCCACCCUUCCCUAAACCCCAUACCUUCCUCCCCUACUACCCCACCCUUACCUAAACCCCAGACCGUCCUCCCCUACUACCCCACCCUUACCUAAACCCCAGACCUUCCUUCCCUAAACCCCAUACCUUCCUCCCCUACUACCCCACCCUUACCUAAACCCCAGACCGUCCUCCCCUACUACCCCACCCUUACCUAAACCCCAGACCUUCCUCCCCUACUACCCCACCCUUACCUAAACCCCAGACCGUCCUCCCCUACUACCCCACCCUUACCUAAACCCCAGACCUUCCUCCCCUACCACCCCACCCUUCCCUAAACCCCAUACCUUCCUCCCCUACUACCCCACCCUUACCUAAACCCCAGACCGUCCUCCCCUACUACCCCACCCUUACCUAAACCCCAUACCUUCCUCCCCUACUACCCCACCCUUCCCUCCCCAUACCACCCCACAACUCAUCCCCACUGUACCACCCUAAUCUAGUACCACCCUAAUCUAGUCCCACCCUAAUCUAGUCCCACCCUAAUCUAGUCCCACCCUAAUCUAGUCCCACCCUAAUCGAGUACCACCCUAAUCUUGAACAGCCCCCCUAAGCGUCCUGAACGUCAUCCUUCCGAAGACAGAUGAGCCCUUGUUCUACACAAGAGGUCCACGAUGAAGAGGUCCCCCUUCUUCUCCACACUGAUGUUAUGACAUCAUACAUCAACAAAAUGGCCACCAGGCAGAAGACUGCUGAGAGAUAGACUGCACUGCAUUAGCCUCAUACAGCUAAGCCUGUGAGCAAUAUCCUCCUGCUAGAGUUCCCCUCCAUUAGCCUCGUCCCAGAUCAGUUUGUGCUGCCAUGUCAUCGGCUUAUGGUCUCUGUCACACCAGCAGAAACAGAUCUGGGUUACGUCGCCUUCAUAUCCAAGCAUCAGGCUCAGCAUUUCAUUUGACUGUCCUCCACUUUGUGCAAACAUUUGACCAAUUGUUUGUAAAGGAGGACUUUAUUAAAAUGUAAUUUAGCUUUGGAUGCUUUGGAUUGUAUCUGUGUGUUGUUCUCAUGACGAUAGAAAGCUGUUGUGGGCAUAUUGAUUAGGAAUAUAUUGAUGUGGAGCUCUAUCAACAGGAUAUUGAUCCUGAACUGAACUGCAUUUCCGGUUCUGUAGCCAGUGGAACAGUAACCUUAAAGUUUAUUGACCUUUGCUUCUCUGUUACUCUUUCAUGAUAUUUCCAUUCUCUUAUCAAAUUACCCACGAGCUUCAGUCAGGCGAAGAUAAGACAAUAAUUUGUUUUGGCAUGUUGUUCAUGAAACAUAAAAUACUUGCCGUAUGUAUGAGAAGCUGUGGGUAAGGAAAUGUAAUGUAAGACAACAUUAUUAAAGCUUAAGUUACUGGUUUCUCCCUGUGAUCUUAGAGAAAUAACUCUGUUAGCUUCUGUUAGCCCUUUUCUGUUCUGUAAGACCUUCCGAAACUAGCCUGGGUACCAGUCUGUUUUGUGCUAACAUUCCACUCCUUGCCGCUCCUUGUCAUACCAAACGUGUUUGGCAUAAGACACAGAGUACAAGGAGUGGAAUGUUAGCACAAAACAGGUCUGGAUUUCAGGCUGGUCUGAACCUACAAGCUACAGUAAAACAACUGAAGAAUAACUUAGCCUGGUAACAGAAGUAUCCAGCCUGGUAACUCAAGCUCUUCGCUGUGCAUAUGUACACCGACUGAUUGAUCCUAGAUCUGAAACUAUCCCAAGUCUGCACCUUAUACUGUAUGCGUGGUAUACCUGUAAGGGCCAGCAACUUGCUGAAUAAAAUUACAUAACUGAACUGCAAA